AUGAAAGAUGGAAAGUUGUUUCGUGUCGUUCAGGAAAACUGUUGGAAUCCUGAGGCUCGGAUCAAAGACAUGAACCGAGACGGAGUAACCGUCCAGGCUCUGUCCACUGUCCCCGUCAUGUUCAACUACUGGGCCAGACCAGCAGACUGCCUGGACCUCUCUCGGUUGCUGAACGAUGACCUGGCAGGGACAGUCCGGUCCAGUCCAGGUCGGUUCGUGGGUCUUGGGACGGUCCCGCUUCAGGACCCUGGACUGGCCGUGGUGGAGAUGAGGCGCUGUGUGAAGGAGCUGGGCUUUCCUGGUCUUCAGAUUGGGUCUCACAUCAACGAGUGGGACCUGAACGCAUCCGAGCUGCACCCCUUCUACGCCGAGGCGGAGAAGCUCGGCUGCUCUCUCUUCAUUCACCCCUGGGACAUGCAGACGGACGGCCGCAUGGACAAGUACUGGCUGCCCUGGUUAGUGGGGAUGCCCGCAGAGACCACCACCUCCAUCUGCUCUAUGAUCUUUGGGGGAAUUUUUGAGAAAUUUCCCAAACUCAAAGUUUGCUUCGCUCACGGAGGGGGCUCCUUCCCGUACACAGUGGGGAGAAUUGCUCACGGUCACGCAGUUCGUCCAGAUCUGUGCGCGGUAGAAAACACAGAGUCUCCGCUCAAAUACUGCGGCUCCUUCUACACAGACUCCCUCACCCACGACCAGAGGGCCCUGGGACUGCUGCUGCAGGUGGUGGGGGAGGAGCGUGUGAUGCUGGGCACAGAUUACCCGUUUCCUUUAGGAGAACUGCAGCCAGGAGCUUUGAUCCAAUCUAUGGAUCUGAGGACCGAAGUCAAGAGCGGAACCUUCGUCUCGUCCCCUGUGUUCCCUGCGGUUCUGCUCCCCGCUGCUCACUUCCGCCGCGGCUCGUGCAGCCUGUGGAGUCUGCCGCUUCCGCCGCCUCUGCCGCUGCUGCGCUGUGUGACGCGUCGUGCGGGAGUGUGUGCGGUGUUCUCGGACUGGCACGCAGCAGUGGAGCCUCGGACCCGGACCUCUGCGGACCUCAGCGGUGCCACGGAUCGGGAGGAGCAUGGUGUGACAGCUGCCGAGCUAGCACAGCAGGAUGUUGACGUUGGCGAGUAA